AUGUUCAAAAAGCCAUUGUCCCAGAUCAAGUCCUUUAGUCCAUUACGAUCAUCCGAUCGGCGCCGGUUUCAAAACGACGCAUACAAUGCUUAUCCCACGCUCAAAGAGAAAUGCUCACAAGAAGGCGCGUCUCCCCUGAUGCCCGACCCGUUGCUAUCAGCCAAGUUUUCGACAUCGAAUAACGUGAACGGCAUUGUCCAUGUUGCCAACAACAAACCACUGUGGCUCAAACUCGAAGGGAUUCCACCUAUACCUACAGUCUAUACUCUAUGGGAACAUCCAGAAGCGCUUCCAAUGUUCUAUACGGUUGGUCCUGUGAUCCAAAAGUUGAUUGAUGGCGCAGAUUUGAUGAUUCCAGGUGUAUUUCCCGGGCCUGAUGGCACUAUCCCAGCUGUUGAAAAGGGUGAUCUCGUAGCAAUCACUGUACGAGGUUAUAGCUAUCCAUUGGCUGUUGGUACCAUGGCUUUGGCAUCAAAGGAUAUCAAGGUGCGAUCGGGCAUGAAGGGCAAAGCAAUCUAUUUGAUCCAUGUUUAUCAUGAUGCUCUUUGGGCGAUGGGCGACAAAUCGGAUCCACCAGAAAUGAAGGCACUAUCAGAUGAUGAAUAUGAGGAAGAGGAUGAAGACGCACACCCACCCAAGGAUGAAGCUGAAGAUCUUGCUGAUAAUGUGGAAGCACAAUUGAAUGUUCAAGAUACCGACGCACCUCAACAACAAGAGGAUGAAAAGCCCAAGCUGUCAGCUCCUGAGGUUGAUGAUGUUUUGAAAGAAGCUCUUUUGCAAGCGCUAUUGUUCAAGAUGACACCUGAAAAGGCACAGACCCAAUUGCCCAUGUCAGCGUCAGCAUUAUACACGUCGUAUAUUUUACCCUGUCGUCCAAGAGGUCGUGGCUCGGAUGCUGAUAUCAAGCAAUCAACAUGGAAGAAGCUUCAAAAGUUCUUGAAGGUCAUGGAUAAGGCUCAAAUUCUCAAGAUCAAAGAUCAACGAGGUGAAACGAUUAUGACAUCUGUCAACUUUUCACAUCCUAGUUUCCAAGGAUUGAGCCCAUACAAGACUAUUGGCACUGCACCUACCACGCAGAGCGAGGGCAAUAAGUCGCCAUCUGCCGAUAAUGACAAGAAGACAUCAGCAUCCAAAGGACCCAUCGAGAUCCAGGAACUAUACAAGCCCCAAGGCAAAGGCAUCAUUCCUCUUUUUGAAGCUACCAAACACAGCAUUGAUGAAGCUUAUACUUCUCAAGAGGUUCGCAAGAUCAUCACGGAGUAUAUCAAAGAGAGUGAGCUGGCAAAUCCAAGGAAUCAGCGUAUGGUCCGGAUCGAUGCACUUUUAUGUGAUGCGGUGCUCAAGAAAACUGAAUAUCGCACGGUGGAUGAGCUUACACGAGAGCAGAUUAUGGAUCGUUUACUGCCACAAAUGCAAGCUUGUCAUGUUAUAACUUUCCCUGGACAAGAGCCUGAAGUAAGGAAGGGUGAGCCAAAGCCCAUUAUGGUCACUCAAGAGGCUCGUAUGGGUCGGAAAACGAUUACCAAGGUGGUUGGCUUGGAACGAUACAACAUCGAUGUUGCGGAUAUGUGUAAAGAGUUGACCAAGUUAUGUGCAAGCAGUGCAACACGUAAGUGA